CCCCGACACCAGUGAGCUCAGCAUCUCCUCAUCCUCCUCCUUCUCCCCCUUCGGCUCCGGCUCCGGCUCGACUCCGACCAGAAAGGAACGAAGGCAGGGUGCAAGGCCAGGGCCGAUCGAUCCUUCCCAAACCCUACUGAUCGGCAGAACCUUCCAGAUUCCAGUCCACUCUCAUCCUCGUUGCCGACCGGCCGGCCAGAUUCUCCUGAUCCAGGGAGAUGGGUCAGGCCUUUCGCAAGCUCUUCGAUGCCUUCUUCGGCAACAAGGAGAUGCGGGUGGUGAUGCUUGGGCUGGAUGCAGCCGGGAAAACCACCAUACUCUACAAACUGCACAUUGGCGAAGUUCUCUCCACCGUCCCAACUAUCGGUUUUAAUGUUGAGAAGGUUCAGUACAAGAAUGUAAUGUUCACUGUAUGGGAUGUUGGCGGCCAGGAGAAAUUGAGGCCCUUGUGGAGGCACUACUUCAACAACACCGAUGCCCUGAUCUAUGUGGUUGAUUCCCUGGACAGGGACAGAAUUGGAAGAGCCAGAGCUGAAUUUCAGGCUAUAAUCAAUGACCCAUUUAUGCUCAACAGUAUACUGCUGGUGUUUGCUAACAAGCAAGACAUGAGGGGAGCAAUGACCCCGAUGGAAGUAUGCGAGGGCCUCGGUCUGUACGACCUGAACAACCGUAUCUGGCACAUCCAAGGCACCUGCGCCCUGAAAGGCGACGGCCUCUACGAAGGCUUGGACUGGCUAGCGACGACUCUGGACGAGAUGCGGGCUUCAGGACGGUUAGCUUCGACAUCAUCCUCGUGAAGAGUAAACAGAGCAACGGAUCGUCCUGCGCCUCAUUUUUCCAUCUCGCGUUUGCCAUCUUACUGCCGUGGCCGCCUAGAGUGGUUUGACAGAAUUGUUGUAGCCUGAACGAAACACAACUCGUGGUGAUGUGGCGCUAGUUGAAAGCGCCUCUAUUCUAUUAUAUAUUCUACUAGGAGUGUGUGGGGAAUGUAAAUACUGAUGUUUCUACUGAUGGCAUGACACGCUCAAAUAUUUGUGGUUUAGUCUGAAGAAACCUCAGUGUUUGCUUUA